GUGGCGGCGCCGGGUCCAGGAGUGGAGAGGAGCUGAGGCUGCAGCCCGAGUGGAGCGGCUGCCAGCCGAGGAACAGGCGCGGCUGCGGCGCCAUAUUGCGGCCCUUAGCGGUCGCCACCGAGCCAUGGCCGAGACCUACGACUUCCUCUUCAAAUUCCUGGUGAUUGGUAGUGCUGGAACUGGCAAAUCAUGUCUCCUCCAUCAGUUUAUUGAGAAUAAGUUCAAACAGGACUCCAACCACACUAUCGGCGUGGAGUUUGGAUCCAGGGUGGUCAACGUUGGGGGGAAGACUGUGAAACUACAGAUUUGGGACACUGCUGGCCAGGAGCGGUUCCGGUCGGUGACACGGAGUUAUUACCGAGGGGCAGCUGGAGCCCUGCUGGUGUAUGACAUCACCAGCCGGGAGACAUACAACUCGCUAGCUGCUUGGCUGACUGAUGCACGAACACUGGCCAGCCCCAACAUCGUGGUCAUCCUCUGCGGCAACAAGAAGGACCUGGAUCCCGAGCGCGAGGUCACCUUCCUAGAGGCGUCCCGUUUUGCCCAGGAGAAUGAGCUGAUGUUCCUGGAGACCAGCGCUCUCACAGGCGAGAAUGUGGAAGAAGCUUUCCUCAAGUGUGCGCGCACCAUCCUCAACAAGAUUGACUCAGGUGAACUAGACCCGGAGAGGAUGGGUUCAGGCAUUCAGUAUGGCGACAUAUCCCUCCGCCAGCUGCGGCAGCCUCGCAGCGCCCAGGCCGUGGCCCCUCAGCCCUGUGGCUGCUGAGACGUGCAGAACCAGGUGGGAUGUUAGGGGCUCAGGACACAAGCAGGCUUCCUGUAUUGUGUGGGGUGGGACACGGAACAGCCAUCAAGACUUGGAAAAUGUGACAAGAGAAACUGACAAAGACACAAAAGCCCAUGAACCGAAGGAGCCAUCUUCCCAGCCCCGGGGUACCCAUGGGCCCUCUGCACCCCACACCUCUUCCAGCCUCAGCCUGCACCUGACCCUUUCUUUAUUCAUGGUUAUCACUGCUGCAGUGAACCUCUGUGUGUGCUAAGCCCCGGUGAAGCCUCUGGGGAGACAGCAGUAGGUAAAACAGACCAAAACCAAACAGACAAAAAUUUCUGUUUGCGUGGUACUACGUUGUCUUGGGAGAAGACAGACCACAGAUGAAAUACUUAUGUAAAUGACAUAGUAGUUGGGGGGCGGACUGUGGAGAAAAACAGUCUGAUAAGGAUGAUAGGAUGAGGAAUGCCCUUUUAAACAGGGCACCGAAGAAGGUGACAUUUGAGCAAAAAUGUAGAGCAGGGGAGUCAGAGAAAGCAGAGAAAACAGCACAGAGGCCCUGGCAUGGGCCCUGCACGGUGUGGCCAGAGGAGGGUAUGUGUGUGCACUAGGGUACAGCAUGAGGUGCAGGACUGAGCAGUCAGGACUGACAGCCCUGGGGCAGUCUCUCAUUUAUACCCUGUAUGCUGUAGUAGUCACAGGGAACUACCGAGCGGGGCAGCAGAAGGAGAUGCUCAGAGUCUGCAUCCCAGGCUUCCUCUGCCUGGGUAGGAGGAGACUGUGGAGCAGGAGGCAUUGCUGGGUGCCAGGGAAGGAGCUGCUGGGGACUGCCGUGAGGAGGGGUGGGGCACUAGGGAUGGCGUUCAGGUGAUAGAGUGCUUGCCUAGCAUGCGUGCCAGAAGCACAGGCUCCCAUGCUGAGCACUGGGUAGGCUGGUGGUAAUGGUGGUAGUGUGCCUUCACUAUGAAGUGAGUGGGAGACCACCCUGUUGGGGAUAGGAUAAAUAGGCCUACAGCCAGGGGGGAGGUAGAGUUAGGUGCUGCGAAGUGACUGGUUUCUCUCGUCCCCGUUCUUUCUCUCCAUGCUUGUUCCCUUUAGUGGCAGUCAGUGGCACUGUCUAAAGCUCAGAUCUGACCAUGGCUCGUGGGGUCCGUGGGACUGUGCUGAAGCGGCUGAGCCUGGGGAGCCUGACCCUCUGCAGGCCCCGGGCCUACACCUUUCCCUACUCCUUUCACUGUUCCAGUCACAGAAAGUUCUUUCUGUUUCUUUGGCUUUUUUUUUUUUUCCAGGCCAUAUUUUCUUCCCUUUGCCCUGGUAACCUCCCCCGGGAAGCUUUGCUGGUUUUUCCAUGCAUGGUCCAGACCCCAGGGCAGCCCUGCAGGACCCUGUAGGGUUUGGUCCCCUCCUCACCUCUGUGACUGUAGGUGUCCUUGACAAUUCUCCCCUCCCAGCCACUGGCAUGUCCUGGGUGACUGUGAGGGAAAGUCCUUAGGCUUGGCUCCAUCUUGCAGGUAGAGCCAGCAUGGUUUUUGAUGGAAUGCCUAUGGGAUCUGGAAGUGAGAAAAGUCCAGGGUGAGCCCGUUAGCCAAUGGUCUCUGCAAUUGCAGGUCUGAACCUGUUUCCUCCUCUGUAGAAUGGGGCCAGUCAUGGUCCCUGAUGAGUGUGGAGGUGCAUGAAGGAACGGUAGAGCUCGUAGAGGAGGGUCUAACAUUUAAUGGAAGUUCCAGCCAGAGUGCUGUCCACUGCUUUCCUUCUCGCCCGUCUUAAAGACCCUGGGAGAUACGUGUUCUGGCUCUGUAGCUCUGGGUAGUAAGCCGUUUGCCCCUGAUGCUGGUAGCCAUCUAAGGUACAGCCCCGGCCCCACAAAAUACCAAACCAAAGCGAAGGGAACGCUUGUCUGUGCGGAAAGAGAAAGGUGUGCACUCUGGAACUUAGCCUAGAGUUUUUUCCAGAGUCUUUCCUCGGUGGGUCACGUGCAGCGCUUGGACAGACUCUAGUAACUACUAAGUCAUAUGUGACAUGGUCAUAGCUAUAGAGAAAACUUUUUUUACUGUUUUAAAAAACUCCUUUGGGGGGGGAGUCUUGCUGUGUACCUCAGACUAAUACAGAACUUGCUGCAUAGCCUAGGGUAGCUUCAGACUUGCAUCAGUCCUCUUGCCUUAGCCUUUUAAGCGCUGAUAUUAUAAGUUUCUACCACCAUACCUGGUUACCAAGAAUUCUUCUUUUAUUUUUG